AUGACUUCUCUCACCUUCUCCGAGCCCUCGGGGCGGCGCAUGUCGACGGGUCGCCGCCCCUCCGCAUCCUCGCCCUACCCUGUCCGAGUCAUGACCUCCAUAAAGCCCUCAGACUACCCCUCACCUCCCAAGAGGACCAGCCCCAAGAAGGAGGCGAGCGCCGACCCCUUCCGCGACGACGCGCCCCAAUGCUGCUCGGACCUCGACUGCCUCACCAACAGCCCACAGGACGAGCGCGUGGCCCUUCCGGUACAAGAUGCGGAGCGGCAGCCGCUCCUCGGCCAUCAGACGCAGCGGCGCUCACUGCGCUGGAUGAUGCUCGUGGGCCUGGUGCUCGUCCUCGUGGUUGGCGGCGUGAUUGCUGGCGGCGUUGCGUCUAUGCAUGCUGAGACGGCUGAGAAGGAGGGUUGA